AACAGCUGUUUCUGUAACCGGCUAUUAAAUUAUCUGUGGCAUUUAACCGAUCGUCUUUGUUUAUUCUUGAUAAGAUUACACUUUCCCAAGAUAAGAGUGCCCAGGCCAUAGUCCUAGUGGACCGACAAACGGCACCCACAAGCACAUAAGCCUCCGGGACUUGGGGGCGCUUGGUGUCCAAAAAGUUGGGCCGUGCCGAGAGCUUGUGGAGUACGUGGCAAUCAUGCCGAAAACGGGCCGCAAUUAACGCGUUCCAACUGCACACACAACACACACAUUCCUUCCUCAGCCAAGCAAAAUGACGGCAACAUUGCGUUAUCGUGGCGACAAAAGCAAUCUGCUGGACUUUGCCAGAAAUCUGGAUGCCUUCAAGAAGGUCCCGGAGAAGUACACAGAGACCACGGAAAUAGGCGGGACACUGAGCCUGCUCAGCCGCUUGCUGAUUGUGUAUCUGGUGUACACGGAGCUGCACUAUUACUGGCAUGAAACGGACGUCGUGUACCUGUUCGAGCCGGACAUUUCGCUGGACGAGCAGGUGCAGAUGCACGUGGACAUCACGGUGGCCAUGCCUUGCGUCGCCCUCUCGGGUGUCGACCUUAUGGACGAGACGCAGCAGGAUGUCUUCGCGUACGGCACGUUGCAGCGCGAGGGCGUCUGGUGGAAGAUGUCGGACCAGGAUCGCCAGCACUUUCAGUCCAUUCAGAUGACUAACCAUUAUCUGCGCGAGGAGUUCCAUUCGGUGGCCGAUGUGCUCUUCAAGGACAUCAUGCGCGAUCCGUAUCCCAUGAAGGGUGACCCCACCGCGGGCUCGGCCCUUGGCCCCGUGGCACCGCCUCCAGGUGCUCUGCCCGCCAGCCUAGAGCUGCAUCUGCCCAAUGGCCAGCCGGAGACAAAGUUUGAUGCCUGCCGACUGCACGGCACUCUGGGCAUCAACAAGGUGGCCGGCGUUCUGCAUUUAGUGGGCGGCGCCCAGCCCGUCGUGGGGCUGUUCGAGGACCACUGGGUGAUCGAGCUGCGCCGCAUGCCGGCCAACUUCACGCACCGCAUCAAUCGGCUCAGCUUUGGGCAGUACUCGCGGCGCAUUGUGCAGCCGCUGGAGGGGGACGAGAGCAUCAUUCACGAAGAGGCCACCACAGUGCAAUACUUUCUCAAGGUGGUGCCCACGGAGAUCCAUCAGACGUUCACCACAAUCAAUACCUUUCAAUAUGCCGUCACCGAGAACGUACGGAAGUUAGACUCGGAGCGAAACUCGUAUGGCUCGCCGGGCAUUUACUUCAAGUACGACUGGUCAGCGCUGAAGAUAGUCGUGAGCAAUGAUCGCGACCAUCUGGUAAACUUUGCCAUUCGCCUUUGUUCCAUUAUAUCGGGUAUCAUUGUCAUCUCGGGCUCCAUUAACGCCCUGCUGCUCUGCCUGCAACGUUGCCUGCUGCGCACCUUUGCCCCGAAUCUCUACCAGCGCCUGGGCAAGCCGCCGUCCAGUGCAGCGCUGGCCCCAGUGCUGCCUGCAGCCAGUUCCCCACCGCCACAGCCAGCGAUGCCCGUCAACGAGCUGCUGCAGACGGCCAACAGGAUGGCCAACGUGGACAUCUCGGCGUAUCUGCCCACGGCACCGCCCAAGGCUGGCCUCUAGAUCGGAUCGGAGCGGAGCGGAGCUGCCCAAGUCGAAUCUCCCCCUUGUCCCACAUUAGGCUAUGCAACUUCAAAAUCUCUCUCUUAAUAAUCUCCCCUUAGUGUAUUUGAUUAAGCGCGCCAAAAACAAGCAAACAA